AUGCAACUUAUAGAAGAAAUUGGAGAUCAUUUUCUACAACAAGCAGAUUAUAAUCAACAAUUAUUAAAUUUAUAUACAAGAAAAAAUGAUGCAACAAAACUUAUAGCUUAUUUUACAGCUAUUGUUCCAUACAUUGUACUUCUUAUAUUAAUUAUUCAAAGUUCAUUGUUGAAAGGAGCUGUUGAAGGUAUUAAAUUUUAUGUUAUUCCAAGAUGGGAUCUUGUUGCAGAAUUCGAGACUUGGCAAGCUGCUGCUUCUCAAGUAUUUUUUUCACUUGGUCUCAGUUUUGGCUCAUUAAUGGCAUAUUCAGCAUCAAAUAAAUUCAAAAAUAAUUUCUUUCGACAAAUGUGUAUAGUUGUAUCAUGUGAUUGUCUAACUGAAGUAUUUGCUGGUUUUGCUGUAGUUGCAACAAUAGGAUAUUUGGCGACAGAAUUAAAAGAACCCGUUGAAAAAUAUGCUCAAUCAUCUGGUCCUGGUUUAGCAUUUAUAACAUAUCCUGAAGCUAUUUCACAUAUGCCAGCUAGUUCAAUAUUUUCAAUUCUAUUCUUUUUAAUGUUAUUAGCACUUGGUCUUGGUUCACAGGUUAAUUCAAAUAAUAAUAUUCUUAUUUAUAUUUAUUAA